UGGAGCAAUCCUAGAGAGUGGGCUCACCCUCGGGGCUCGGGAGGGGCUCUUCCCCGCCCAGAAGGAGACUGCGGCGGCGCAAGGCAUCCGGCAGGGGGCGCGGGCCGCUGGGCGUCCCCCCGGGCUGCGGGUCGGUGGUCCCUCCCAGGCCGCGUGUGCGGUGCGUUGGCUCAGCCCGCUCCCUGCCCCCACCUCACCUCGUCACCUCCCCGCCCUCUCGGCGGGCCCCUGAGGUGCGCGGCGCAGGCGCGGACCAAGGCGGCCAAGUCAGUGCGGCCGCGGAGCCUACGCCGGGGACCCGGCGCGCAGGGCGUGGGGCGCGCGGAGAGGGAGAAGGGUGGGCCCAACACAGCGUCCGGGAGCUCUAGGGCCGCAGCAGCGCUGCCCGCCACCGUGCGUCCGCGGGAAGGACCGCCCGGCCCCUCCGCCCGCGCUCCGGCACCUCGGCAGCCACCGCUUCUGAGCUGCGCGUGGGCCGGCCGGGCGGGCCCGAGGAGACUGACUGAGUAUUUAGAACGUGAAGUGUGAAGCUUUGGGCUCUAUGAAUCCUGGAAGUGUACAAAAGAGGCAUUUUUUACCAUCUACAGAAACUUAUUGUAAUUCAUUUUUCCUCACUCCAGUAGUAAGAAUUAUACCAAAUUGAAAAGAUAUGAAUGAGUAUCCUAAAAAAAGAAAAAGGAAGACUCUACACCCUUCUCGUUAUUCAGAUUCCUCUGGAAUAAGCAGAAUUGCAGAUGGAUUCAAUGGAAUUUUCUCUGAUCAUUGUUACAGUGUCUGUUCUAUGAGACAGCCAGAUUUAAAAUAUUUUGACAACAAAGAUGAUGAUUCUGAUACCGAGACAUCAAAUGACUUGCCAAAAUUUGCAGAUGGAAUCAAGGCCAGAAACAGAAAUCAGAACUACCUGGUUCCCAGUCCUGUACUUAGAAUUCUAGACCACACUGCCUUUUCUACAGAAAAAUCUGCUGAUAUUGAAAUUUGUGAUGAAGAGUGUGACUCACCUGAAUCAGUCAACCAGCAGACCCAAGAGGAGAGUCCUAUAGAAGUUCACACUGCUGAAGAUGUUCCAAUUGCUGUAGAAGUGCAUGCGAUUUCUGAGGAUUAUGAUAUAGAGACAGAAAACAAUUCCUCUGAGAGUCUCCAAGACCAAACUGAUGAGGAACCACCAGCUAAACUUUGUAAAAUUCUUGACAAGAGCCAAGCUUUGAAUGUGACUGCCCAGCAGAAAUGGCCUUUACUGAGAGCUAAUAGCAGUGGCCUCUAUAAAUGUGAACUUUGUGAGUUUAACAGCAAAUAUUUUUCUGACUUAAAGCAGCAUAUGAUCCUGAAGCAUAAACGUACUGAUUCAAAUGUGUGUCGAGUAUGCAAGGAAAGUUUCUCUACUAAUAUGCUUCUGAUAGAACAUGCCAAACUACAUGAAGAGGAUCCCUACAUUUGUAAAUACUGUGAUUAUAAGACAGUAAUUUUUGAGAACCUCAGCCAGCACAUUGCAGACACCCAUUUUAGUGAUCACCUCUAUUGGUGUGAACAGUGUGAUGUACAGUUCUCCUCAAGCAGUGAACUCUACCUACAUUUCCAGGAGCACAGCUGUGAUGAACAGUACUUGUGUCAGUUCUGUGAACAUGAAACUAAUGAUCCAGAAGACUUGCAUAGCCAUGUGGUAAAUGAGCAUGCAUGUAAAUUAAUAGAGUUAAGUGAUAAGUAUAACAAUGGAGAACAUGGACAGUAUAGCCUCUUAAGCAAAAUUACCUUUGACAAAUGUAAAAAUUUCUUUGUAUGUCAAGUAUGUGGUUUUCGGAGUAGACUUCAUACAAAUGUUAACAGGCAUGUUGCUAUUGAACAUACUAAAAUUUUUCCUCAUGUUUGUGAUGACUGUGGGAAAGGCUUUUCAAGUAUGCUAGAAUAUUGCAAGCAUUUAAAUUCACAUUUAUCUGAAGGGAUUUAUUUAUGUCAAUAUUGUGAAUAUUCAACAGGACAAAUUGAAGAUCUUAAAAUUCAUCUAGACUUCAAGCAUUCAGCUGACUUACCUCAUAAAUGUAGUGACUGCUUGAUGAGGUUUGGAAACGAAAGGGAAUUAGUAAGUCACCUUCCAGUCCAUGAGACAACGUGAUUAUUCUCUUUAACUUACAGAAAGUUUAAAAUAAUAAAUUCAGCCUUAUUUUGGAGAUGAUUAAAUGGAUGAUUGUAAACACAACUUAUGAAAUUUGCCUUUAACAGGUAACUUUUGUAAAUUAUAAAAUUUUAUUGGCAUUGCUCCAUUUUCAGUAUAUAAAUAUAUCUUUAAUGUGGUAUUUUCAAUUGCGUGAUAGUUUGUAGUUUUAACCACUCUUGGUGACUGUCAUCCUAUUUCUUGCAUGUGCUCGAUUUCAUGAAUUGAAAAGAAACAAAUGUAUUGAAAUGA